AUGGAUGGGCGAACAGACCCAUAGGUGGAUGGAUGGACAGAUGGAAGGAUGGGUGGGAAAUCCAUUUUCUGUUUAACUGGUUUAUAGAUAUCCUGUCCAAAGGAACACAGUCUGAAAGUAAUCUUCUCUCUUCCCCUUUUUGAUUAGGUCUCUGGAUUAUGACAACGGGCUGUCUAUGGCUUUACAGUUCGCAAAGCUCGGAGUGAGCAGAGUAAGUCCAGGAGACCCAGGGACAGGACAGUUUGCUGAGAACUCAACCUGCGACUCCUUGGCUUCCGGUGAGAACAGACAGCCUUAAUGGAAGCCAAACCUCAGAAGAGUCCAGGCAAGCAAUUUACAUUUUCUUAUGAAAAUGAAGUCUGCAAACAAGAUUACUUUAUUAAAUCACCACCUCCUCGGCUUUUCUUCUCUGCGGCCUCUUGGAAAAAGCGGAUUUUCAUUCUGUCAAAGAAUGGGGAAAAGGGCUUUAAUCUUUCCUAUUACAAAGACCAUCAUCACCGAGGCUCCAUUGAAAUUGAUCGAAAUUCCAGGGUAGAAGUUGGCAUAAGUAGCCAGGAAAAAAUGCAAUUUGUACAGAAGAUGUUUAAAUGCCACCCUGAUGAAGUGAUGUCCAUCAGAACCCCUAACAGGGAAUAUGUCCUCAUUAGCUACAGCAGGGAGAAGAUUAAAGACUGGGUCUCCUUCUUGUCAUCAUUUUGCCUGGAUAUGAAAGCAACACCCUGGAAUACAGAGGAGAAGCUCUCGUUGGGUGGUAAAAGGCCCUCUUCAGACCCGAACCCUCUUCUUAGUCCUUCCAGGACACUGGAGGCUGUCAACCCCACCACACCAAGAAACAGUCUUCCAAACAUGCAUUUAAGAGAACAAAGCUUUCCAGGACUCGGAAAAGCUCAUCUACCACAUGACUUCUUGUCAGAGACCACCCAAGAUACAGAAGAAGACAGCCAUUAUAUUAGUCCUCGUACUAUCCUUUUAGAGUUGAAUAAUAUUGCUUCCAGUAAUUCUGAUGAAUCCAUUGAACCUGGAGAUUCAGACCAAAUCUCCCAGGGAGUCGAGCAUCUUUACAUGUCAAUGAAAUCCUGUUUUUUCGAAGAGACAUCCCAUGAGUCCGCUGAUAGCAAAGAGGAAUCCCAGACCCUUGCAGAGAUCCAGAAUGGGCAGCUUCACCAGCAAGAACAAGACUCCGGAGCCGGCUCCUGUCUCUCACCUGCCAAUAUGGAAGCACAGACCACAAAUGACCAGAAGGGGUUGGCCUCACUAACUGUUGUGCAAUUGUCUGUACUAAUCAAUAACAUCCCUGAUGAAAGCCAAGUGGAGGAACUGAACGUGUUCCUUUCUCCUCAUGACAUCGUAAACUAUCUUGCUGUCAGAGAAGCUGCAGGACGGAUAUGCGUGUCUCAGUGGAACGGACCCCCGCGCCUGGGAUGCUUGUUUUUUCAUGGAGAUCACCUUUUGGCCGUGAAUGACCUGAAGCCCCAUAGCCUGGAGGAGUUCUCCUUGUUUCUCAGCCGGUCUACCCAGAGGGAGAAGGUGAAACUCACCGUCGGUCGGAUCCCAAAUUCAGAGCAAUUCCACGCGGCAGCCUGUACAUGCUUCUUAAAAGACCAAGGUGUUGUACCUCCUCCACUGGAUAAGUCUGGACUGGAGAAGACACUGAAGAGGAGUCCAGCCAUCAGAAAGAGUAAGCAGAAAGCGACUGGAGAGUAGGUGCCGGGGCCCACUGCCCUUGAGCAAGGAUGGGCCCCAGACUCUGUGCUGGGCUCUGCCACUCCCUGCUGUGUGACCGGAGGCAAGUCAGCACACUUCUCUGAAUUUCUCCAUCUGCAUUUUAACAAUGGGAAUAACUACCCCUUCUCUGGCUAUUGCAUCAGGGAUGUUGAGAGGCCCAAGUGGGAUAAUGACUAUGGAACAUGGGGAAAAUGUAAGACC